GGGAGGCCGAGGGGGGGCGCCGGCGAGACGCCGGCCGCUCUCAAUAAUAUUAACUUUGCUCUAGAAGACAACUUUACAUGGAUCUAAAAGGAGCAGGAUUAAAGAUGACCGAAUACUGGGUUCCAGAAAUGUAAAACAAUCAGCUUAGCAAAUCAUAUAUUCUUCAGUGGAGCUGAGAAUUGAUAAGUCUGCUCUUCACAGUGAUUUGAAACUUUCCAAUCCCAAAGAAAAGCUGACUAAGGGACUGCACAGGACUGAGUCCAUAUGGAAGAAGAACUUCCUCUUUUCUAUGGAGAAAGUGGCAAGCCAGUACAGGCUACUUUGUCAUCUUUGAAGAUGUUAGAUGUGGGAAAGUGGCCAAUAUUUUCCCUUUGUUCUGAGGAAGAACUGCAGUUAAUUCGUCAGGCUUGUGUCUUUGGCAGUGCUGGCAAUGAAGUUUUAUAUACUACAGUAAAUGAUGAGAUUUUUGUGCUUGGCACAAACUGCUGUGGCUGUUUGGGGUUAGGUGACGUCCAAAGCACCAUUGAACCUCGGAGACUGGAUUCUCUAAGUGGCAAAAAGAUAGCCUGCCUCAGCUAUGGGAGUGGGCCACAUAUUGUCCUUGCAACAACAGAAGGUGAAGUCUUUACCUGGGGUCAUAAUGCUUAUAGCCAGCUGGGCAAUGGGACAACUAACCAUGGUUUAGUGCCCUGUCAUAUCUCUACUAAUUUGUCAAACAAACAAGUCACUGAAGUCGCCUGUGGGUCUUACCACUCUUUGGUGCUAACAUCUGACGGAGAGGUAUUUGCCUGGGGUUAUAAUAACUCUGGGCAGGUAGGAUCUGGGUCAACAGUUAACCAGGCGAUCCCUCGAAGAGUUACUGGCUGCUUACAGAAUAAAGUUGUCAUGAACAUAGCCUGUGGGCAGAUGUGUUCCAUGGCGGUAGUGGACACUGGGGAAGUCUAUGUCUGGGGUUACAAUGGAAAUGGGCAGCUUGGACUUGGCAGUAGUGGCAACCAGCCAACUCCCUGUAGAGUGGCAGCUUUGCAAGGCAUCCAUGUUCAGAAGGUUGCCUGUGGCUAUGCACACACAUUGGUACUAACAGAUGAAGGCCAAGUAUAUGCAUGGGGUGCCAAUUCCUAUGGGCAGUUGGGCACUGGCAAUAAAAGCAACCAGUCCUAUCCUACCCCUGUCAUUGUGGAAAAGGACAGGGUUAUAGAGAUCGCAGCCUGUCACUCUGCCCACACAUCUGCCGCCAAGACCCAGGGUGGGCACGUGUACAUGUGGGGCCAGUGCCGGGGCCAGUCGGUGAUCCUCCCUCACCUCACUCACUUCUCCUGCACGGACGACGUGUUCGCCUGCUUUGCCACCCCUGCUGUCUCGUGGCGCCUCCUCUCUGUGGAACCCGAUGACCACCUCACUGUGGCUGAGUCACUGAAGAGGGAAUUUGAUAAUCCAGACACUGCCGACCUGAAAUUUCUGGUUGAUGGAAAGUACAUUUAUGCACAUAAAGUCCUUCUCAAGAUUAGAUGCGAGCAUUUUCGUUCUUCACUGGAAGACCAUGAGGAUGAUAUUGUAGAAAUGAGUGAAUUUUCAUAUCCUGUGUACCGGGCCUUCCUGGAAUACCUGUACACAGACAGCAUCAGCCUUUCUCCUGAGGAGGCAGUAGGAUUGCUAGACUUGGCAACAUUUUAUAGAGAAAAUCGCUUGAAGAAGCUCUGCCAGCAAACUAUCAAGCAGGGAAUCUGCGAGGAGAACGCAAUCGCUCUGCUCUCCGCUGCUGUGAAAUACGACGCCCAGGAUUUAGAAGAAUUCUGCUUCAGGUUUUGCAUAAACCAUCUGACUGUAGUAACACAGACUUCAGGCUUUGCCGAAAUGGACCAUGAUCUCCUGAAGAACUUUAUCAGCAAAGCAAGCAGAGUUGGAGCCUUUAAAAAUUGACCCCACCUGCAGGAAAGAAGUUUUUGAGGCUUUCCAUUCCCCCAGCAAAAGCCAGGGGUGAAAAACUUCUCUUUAACUAAUAGUACGUAUGAUGAGUUCCAUUUGACUGAAUAAUUCUGUCUGUCAAAAGGAGGUGGUGAGUCAUCUUCAUCUGCCUAAAUCCAAAGUUUUUAUAGAAAGCACUGAAUGCUCUGACCACAUAUAACUAAACUCAAGGAAAAAAAAAUCUCAUAUUUGCCAUUUCCGCAUUUGAGUCGCUUAGGUUGGGCCCCUUUGGUACCCUCGUCUCAGAAUAUGCUAUUCUGGCCCAAGUGAUCCGUUACAAGCUAGCCGAUGCCAGACUGAUGGCUUGACAAGCAAUGCUGUCCUUCCCAUCUCUUCGCCAUUCAACACAGUGCCUUGCAUACAGUAGGCACUCAAGUUCUUAUAAAUCUUAAGGAUGCCCUGAGAACAGCUUUAUGUGAGGAAUACUGGAUGGAGGAAUAACUUGCACAAAAUACAUUCAGACAGCCUGUAAAUACUGAGGUUCAUAUUCUUCUGGUACAUUGUUCUGAGGAACAGUGGCUAACUUAGAACAUUAAUUAGAAUUCACAAGGCCUGAGUAAUUAAAUUGUCGAAGUCCUAAGGGCUAAUUUUAAUUUUUUAUUUACUCUGAGUCAUUAAUUUCUCACGUGGGAUUACUGAAUAUGAAGUAUUAUCUUUGAGUAUAAUUUCUGGGCUUAUCUGCCUUACAUAAUUGCAUAACAUCCUUUGCUUUUCUUUAUGUUAAGAGAGAUUUGCCUCUGUAAGUAAAAAUGAUUGUGUUUUUCUUGUAGUUGACUUUCAUGUCACUAUAAAACAGGUGUCUUAACCUGGCACUGGUAUAAUUAUUAAGUACUAGCUGAAAAGGAACUAAUGCUUACAUUUCAUGGGCAGCAUUAAUAAGAAUGAGAUAAAUUUAUACUUAGAUAAAAACAAGCUACCCAGUUGCAAAAGAGAAACUAGAAUGGGAUGUAGUAUCAGAUUCUUCUAAUAUGUAUCUCACUAUGUUACAUUAUGUAAAGAAAACUUUUGGAAUUAGAGAUCUUGUUCUGAUGCUGAACUAUUUGAUAAUAAAGUACUUAUUUGCAGAUAACA